CGCACGAUAUCCAAUGCUGUCUGGGAAUGUAAAAUUAAUUACAUAUAUUUGUUUUACAGAAUCUUUAGAAACAAGUAGAUUUAUACCAUUACAUAAUUAUGGAAAAAAAAAGAAAUCUGCGGAGUUAUGUUUAUUGAUGAGUCUUUGGUUCCUCAAUAAUAAAAAACCACAUCGAACAUUAGCCAAUCUUUUUAACAUAUCAUUAUCAUCUGUAUUUCGCAUUAUACGUCGAAUUAUUAAUUGGCUAGUUACUUUAGUGCCUGAAGUUGUUACAUGGUCCGAAGGAAAUAAUAUAACUGAAGUAUCUGGCAAAUUUCAAGAAAUAGCUGGUAUUCGUAGCUGUAUUGGAGCCAUAGAUGGCUCGCAUAUCUAUAUUAAUAAGCCUGAAGAAAAUGGUAGGCAAUAUUUUAAUAGGAAGCAAUAUUGUUACUCUAUUCUCUUACAAGCUGUUACCGAUAAUAACAUGAAAUUUAUUAAUAUAUAUUGCGGUGAUCCAGGAUCUUUUCACGACGUUCGUAUGUUGAAAAGAUCAGGGGCUCAAUUCUUGAAUUCAUUUGCAAGAGAAACGUAUUCGCAAAUUCUGUUCUUACAGAAAAGUUGAAAA